AUGACAGGCUGCACCAACUGCAAGAGUUGUGAUGUAACAAUUGAAAGUAUCAUGAGGAACAUAGAGAUUAUUUCAAUUCAAGAAGAAACAAUUUUUAAUUUUUCUUCAUCUGAUUUUAUCAAAAUUCUUCAAACAACAGCGUUUGUAGAUAAAACAUUGAUGAUAAAAGAAGUUUUUUGUCACAAAGAAACCAAAGGAAUAGUUAUCACGGCUCCUCGCAAGUAUGGAAAAUCAACAAAUUUAAGUAUGCUUAAAUACUUCUUGGAAAUUCAGGUAGAUUCUCUGGGAAAACCACUUACAAAGGCAAAGGCUGAUGAACCAGUUACAGACACGUCUAACUAUGAAGUCUUUAAAAAACUAAAUAUUAGCAACGAAUCAAAUAUUAUAGAUAAGCAUUUAGGAAAAUACCCUAUUUUAUAUGUGAAUUGUCAGAUCGAAAAUGAUAUCGAAUCUUACAAUUGUGUUCUUGAUGGAUGUAAAGAAAUAAUUCACAAAUCCUUUCUAUUACAUAAUUAUUUACAAAAAAGUUCUAAACUGAGUAUUCAACAGAAAAAAUUAUGUAAACGAUGGAGUGAUGAUGCAAGUUACAAAAACUUUAAGAAGAAAGAAGACAUUUCAUCUGGUCUUAAAUCAUUGUGUACAUUUUUAAAGAUUCAUUAUGAUAAGAAAUGUUUUGUUUUAAUUGAUGAACUCGACUUUUUUACACAGACAGUAACAAUAUCGGAGACUUUGUUAAAAGAUUAUAAGCUUAUAAUUUUGUUUUUGAGGCAAUUUUUAUCAUUUUUAAAAAACAAUAAUUUAGUUGUUAAAGCAUUUGCGACCGGAAAGUCUGGGUAUGCUAUUCAUAGCAUAGUGCCUUCAUGUAUACAAAUACAACCGUUCUAUAAUUUACAUAAGUUUACUGAUUUUUAUGGAUUAACUGAUAAUGAGUUGGAAUAUCUUUUCAACAAACCGGAGUUUAAACAUGUUUCAACAACUAUAAAAGAAGUAAAAGCUUAUUAUGGUUCAUAUAAUAAAAUUGAUCAUUUUACAACAGAGAAGAAGGAAAUAUAUUGCAUAUGGUCGAUUUUAAAUGUUUUAAAAUGUAAAAGACUUGACAACUAUUGGCGAGACUUUGGAAAUGUUUUUUGUAAUUUUUCUAAUCCAAAAAUUAAAGAUGUAAUGCAAAAAUUAAUAAUUUAUGAAAAUGUGAUGGUUGUGUUAUACCAUAAAGGACCAAGAAAAACUAAUCCAACCCCUCCUCCAAUUAUUGCAGCAACUGAAACCCCUAGUAAGAAAUCAUUAGAUUAUUUUUUCAAUCUCAUGUUGGACUUAGGGUAUUUGACUCGUAAUUCCACUUCAAUAAUGGUUUUAGACGUACUCAGUAAUACAGGCAGUUGUAUGGGAUAUGUAACAAUACCAAAUCAGGAAGUUGGACAUGAUAUUGAAAACAAAAUAUCAUUGUUGUCUUAA